CAGAUCACUCCUAACUUCGUUAAGAGACACUUCAGCUUUAUUUGUUGGACAGAGCGGAGAGAAGAAUACUUUCCCUUGAGGAAAAAAACAUCUUCUGGAGGAGUUUAUUUUCAGAGGAUUUUUGUUUUUGUUUUUUAUAUCUAUAUACACGUAAUUUUAUUUUUUUUUCCUGGUGAUAAAACAAGGAUGCAUUGUGGAUUAGUCUUUAUCCUGUUUAUGGGAAUCCUCUCGGUGGCCAAGGCUUUCAAAAACGAUAAAUGUGGAGGCAACAUCAGAAUCUCAACCGCCAACUACCUCACUUCGCCCGGAUACCCCACGUCUUAUCCCCCUUCUCAGAGAUGCGUGUGGGUGAUCUCGGCGCCUGGUCCUCACCAGCGGAUCCUCAUCAACUUCAAUCCGCAUUUUGAUCUGGAGGACAGGGAGUGCAAAUAUGACUAUGUGGAGGUACGAGAUGGCACCGAUGAGAGCGGUCAGUUGGUGGGGAAGUACUGUGGAAAGAUUGCCCCUUCUCCAGUCGUCUCUUCUGGAAACCAGCUUUUCAUCAAAUUUGUGUCCGACUACGAGACCCACGGAGCAGGCUUCUCUAUCCGAUACGAGAUCUUCAAGACAGGUCCAGAAUGCUCCAGGAACUUCACCUCCAACAGCGGCAUCAUUAAGUCACCUGGGUUCCCCGAGAAAUACCCCAACAACCUGGACUGCACUUUCAUGAUCUUUGCCCCGAAAAUGUCGGAAAUCAUCUUGGAGUUCGAGAGCUUUGAGCUGGAGCCCGACCCAACACCCCCUACUGGUGUGUUCUGCCGCUAUGACCGGCUGGAGAUCUGGGAUGGGUUCCCUGGAGUUGGCCCACACGUCGGAAGGUACUGCGGGCAGAACACCCCGGGCAGGAUCAUCUCUUACACAGGCAUCCUGGCCCUGACAAUCAACACCGACAGCGCCAUUGCAAAGGAAGGCUUCUCUGCCAACUUCACCGUCAUCGAAAGAACUGUUCCAGAGGACUUUGACUGUAGCGACCCUUUAGGCAUGGAAUCGGGAGAGAUAACGUCAGAUCAGAUCAUGGUUUCAUCCCAGUACAAUCCUAGCUGGUCCCCAGAGCGCUCCAGACUCAACUACUAUGAAAAUGCAUGGACACCAGCAGAGGAUUCCAACAAAGAGUGGAUACAGGUGGACCUUGGGUUCCUGCGGUUCGUCUCGGCCAUCGGCACCCAGGGCGCCAUUUCCCAGGAGACCCAGAGGGUUUACUUUGUCAAGUCCUACAAAGUGGAUGUCAGCUCUAAUGGAGAGGACUGGAUCACUUUGAAAGAAGGCUCCAAACAGAAGGUUUUCCAAGGCAACACCAACCCAACUGACGUUGCCAAGACGAAGCUUCCCAAGCCCACGCUGACGCGCUUCGUUCGGAUACGUCCCGUUACCUGGGAAACAGGCAUCGCACUGCGCUUCGAGGUGUACGGCUGUAAGAUAUCAGAGUACCCGUGUUCAGGCAUGCUGGGCAUGGUAUCAGGCUUGAUUAAUGACAACCAGAUCACCGCGUCCUCCCAUACAGACCGGAGCUGGGUACCAGAGAAUGCUCGCUUGCUAACAAGUAGGACAGGAUGGACCCUGCUGCCCCAGCCACAGCCCUUCACUAAUGAGUGGCUGCAGGUGGAUCUCGGCGAGGAGAAGCUAGUGAGGGGCAUGAUCAUCCAGGGAGGGAAGCACCGAGAAAACAAGGUGUUCAUGAAGAAGUUCCGCCUGGGCUACAGCAACAAUGGCUCGGACUGGAGGAUGGUGCUCGACACCAGUGGAAACAGGCCGAAGAUAUUUGAAGGCAACAGCAAUUAUGACACUCCUGAACUGAGGACCGUGGAGCCUCUGCUGACCCGUUUUGUCAGGAUUUACCCAGAGAGGGCCACUCCUGCUGGGAUGGGCCUGCGGCUGGAGCUGCUGGGCUGCGAGAUUGAAGCUCCAACACUCCCGCCAACCACCGCAAUCCCGAGCACCACCCCGUCUGACGAGUGUGAUGACGACCAGGCGAGCUGCCACAGUGGCACAGGUGAUGACUACGACGUGACAGGUGGUAACAUGAUGCCAGAGAGCACUACUGCUGAAAUGGAUACCAUCCCAGCUUUUCUCUGGUUUGCCUGCGACUUUGGCCGAGCCAAUGAUCCGUCCUUCUGCAGCUGGACAUCGGAGGACACGGGAUCUAGGUGGCAGAUCCAGUCCAGCGGCACGCCUACCCUCAACAUCGGACCCAACAUGGACCACACAGGUGAACCGGGGAAUUUCAUCUACACCUUAGCAACCAGCCCCCAAGAGACAGAGGUGGCUCGACUCGUCAGCCCCGUGGUCAGCUCCCCGGACUCGGACCUCUGUGUGUCAUUUUGGUACCACAUGUUUGGGCCACACAUCGGCACACUACACAUCAAGCAGCGCAAGCAAACGGAGAAGGGACCUGCAGAUGUCCUACUGUGGACAGUCAGCGGCCACCAAGGCAACCGCUGGAGGGAAGGUCGUGUCCUCGUGCCACGCACCAACAAGCCUUAUCAGGUGGUGAUCGAAAGUCUAGUGGAGAGAAAGAGCUGGGGAGACAUUGCUGUGGAUGACAUUAAGGUUCUCGAUGGGAUCACACUGCCAGACUGUAAAGAUCCCGACGUGCCCACUGAGCCGAUAUUGCCGGAGGAUAUUAAUGAAAUCAUUCCGGAAAACACAGAAUAUCCAGACUUUGUGGAUAACAACCAGAUCCCUGAAGGCAGCAUGCUAAAGACGCUUGACCCCAUCCUGAUCACCAUCAUCGCCAUGUCUGCCCUCGGGGUCUUCCUGGGGGCCAUCUGCGGCGUGGUCUUGUACUGCGCCUGCUCACACGGAGGCAUGUCGGACAGGAACUUGUCAGCUCUGGAGAACUACAACUUUGAGCUCGUGGACGGCGUCAAGCUAAAGAAAGACAAACUCAACGUACAGAGCUCGUACUCGGAGGCGUGAUUCAGGACAGAGCGCAUUCAUGUGACUGUGUGCGAUGGGCCGGGCUCUCGCACGAGACUGUCUGCAGGCAUAUAAUCCCGCCUGUCUGCAAGCAGACGGGCUGCCGAUGCCCUCGAAUCUCUGGACGAGGGACAGGUUCAGGAACCAACAGGAGGUCUGGACUGAUCCAUGCUUUUCUCAGGAGCUGCAGUUUAAAAAAAAAACAAAAAACAGAGCCUACCAGUAAAGGGGGAGGGACACUGUGUACAAAUAAAAUACAGGAAAAAAAUAUGUACAGAUGAUUCAGAUGAUAUUUUAAUUUUCUAUUUUGAUUUUCAUUCAUUUUUACAAUCGGAUGCUGGUGUUGAGACCAAUUUAUUAAUGAUGUUUAAAGUAUUUAUCGUUGUCUGGAAAAAAAAAAAAAAGAAACGUCUUUUUAUUAUUACCAUCAGUUGGUAACGGCUGUUUUCACCUUUUAGAAAGAGACGUAUUGACAUCCUAAGUGAACCAUAUCCGGUAAAAACUGUAGAUUCGCCCCAUGGCGUGGCAAACAGAGUGUGCCGUGAGACAUGUACCCUUUCCCCCCCUUUGACCCCUAUCACUCUAAAGUGAGGGUCCCAUUCAUGGCAACGUAUGGUUCUGACAGUGCCUUUAAUACGUUUUUGUUGGAAUCCUCUGUUGAUAUCGGUGUUUUUUACUGUACUUGGCUUAAGCUAUAAUGACAGGAAACAGGGGCACAUGACCUUAGAAAUACCUGCAAAACAGGACAAGAGUUUAUCACAGGUUUUUUUUGUUGUUGUAUUUGUUUGUUUGUUUUCUGUCCAAAACAA